CGUCCAAUUUUUAUUGACAGUCAUCCGUAAGGAAACCUUUGUCUUUUUAUUUUCCAUAUCUUUUCUUUGCCAUAUCUAACAAAAUUUUAGGUAUUUUUUAAUAAUUUUUCAAGUCACGCGGUUAAAACUUGAAAGGCUAUUGAAAUAAAUUUUUUGAUGAAUUCUAACUUGGAUUCUCUAUUUGAUGAAAAAUUGUCACGCGACUUCAAGCUCUUUCCCCAUUACAUCAUGUUUUUUUCAACACUGGUUCCAAAUUGAAUAAAUCAAGCAGUAACAAAAGUAAUUCCGUAGUUAACUUAUUGUUCCUACUGGCCAUAUCUUAGCCAAUCUAUUAGAGACUUGCCUGAAUUUCUACAUUUAGAGGUAUUCAAUGUUUUAUGUUAGACUGACUCUAAACAAAGACAUCAAGACAUCUUCACAUAGGUUUACUGGUAUAAUUGCUGCCGAACAAUUCAUUCCUGCGUGUAAUUUUGUCACAUUCUUAAUUCGAAAAAUCAUUCCUUAAACAACUUUUCUUAUAAAGUUUAUUGAUCUUUACACGAUUUAUCAGGACUCAACUGCUGUUUCGCUUCAUCCUCUCCCAAAACCUUUAAUCUUUCAUAAAAGUUCCCUGUCCGAGUCGUAAAUCUCAGCAGCCUCGUUUUGAACUACGAUCUUGUGCACGUUGUUGGACUGCAAUCAUCACAUCAGGCAGAAUGCAAAAGGGAAAAGCUAAAAGGAACGCAGACAGUGCGGAAUAUGAUGAAAGCUCUAAGAGAAAAAGGCAAGGCUGUGGUCUUAUUAAAAAGGAGUUACUUCUUGAUUCUUUUAUAAAGGAAACUGGCGAAGUUUACAGAUCUGGUAAACCAUUAAAUUCAGAGAAUGGGGCAAUUGAGAUAAUAACAGAGCCAUUCCAUUGCUGCAUCAUAAAAAAUUUAAUUGAAGAUGAAGAGUUUCUCAAAGAGCUCAAAUCAGACUUGUUGUCCCUAGAAUUUAAUGAAAAGUCAAAUGAUCUUUACAAGUUUCAGCAGAGUCAUGACCUCAAGGUAUCGACAGUAAAAACAAUAGAAACACUAAGAAAUGUCCUGUAUUGUGACCUCCUAUCAUGGCUCCGGGGUGUCACUGAACUAAAGCUGAACGAUACAAUGGAUCUGUCUUGUGCAAAAUACGAAUAUACAGAUACCCUCCUAUGUCAUGACGACGAGCUGGAAGGGCGAAGGAUAGCAUUUAUACUAUACCUGGUACCUCCCUGGGAAGAAAAAGACGGAGGAACCUUGGAUUUGUUCUCUGUGGACGAGCACGGGCAGCCAGCUGAGAUUGAAAAGGUCCUUGUUCCUUCUUGGAAUAGUCUUGUUUUCUUUGAAGUGACGCCAGUAUCAUUUCACCAGGUGUCCGAAGUUCUGAGCAAAGAAAAAUGUCGUUUAUCAGUAAGUGGUUGGUUCUAUGGCGAAAGUAUCCCAAGACCGCCUACAUAUAUUCAAGAAAGAAAGCUUCCAGAAGUUGGGAAAAAAUUAGAGGAUGAAAUUUUACUGAAAUGGAUAAACCCGAUGUACUUGGAUUCCGAGAUUGUUGACGCAAUACAAAAUCAACUUGAGGAGAAUUCUGAAAUUCAGCUUGAUGACUUUCUUCUGGAGGAGAGGUACAUGGAAGUCUUAAGAGAAUUGGAAAGUUCAGAAAACGAAUGGAAAAUGAACGGGCCAGCCAACAAAAGGAAGUAUGAAACUAUAGAAUAUGACGAUAAGCUCUCUCCAAAUCUGAAAUCGCUUGUCGACCUUAUGCAUUCCGAGCCAAUGUUUAAGCUGUUGACAAAACUUACUGGUCUAAAUCUAGCAGUCCUGGAUGCUGAUAACAACAAAGAAUCUGUGUCAGGGACGUCAUCCAAAGCUGACCAGGAAAAAGCCUCCGCUCCCUCGUGUUGCAGUGAAGUGCGUCGUUGGGCACGUGGCUCAUACACUUUGAUGCACGAUUCAGAUCCUGCGCUUAAGGAAUUCGCUUUGGACGCCAUGUUGUUUUUUAGAUGCGAUAACUGGGAUCCCUCCUUUGGUGGCUUCACUUCAUACAUUGCUGAUAGCGAGGAUGAGGAGCUGCUCACUAUUUGCCCAACUUCCAACUGCCUCACUUUGGUUUACCGUGAUAAAGAGACUGUACGCUUUGUUAAGCACAUAAAUGCUUCAUGUAAAGAUGCUUGGGAUGAGCAGAAAGUUGAAGUAAACGAUUUUUUUGGUUUUUACGAUUUAUCAACAGUUUAUUAUGAAUGAUUGAAGCUUA